AGAAAUAUUAGCUUUAGGGUAAUCGAGCUACUAUGUUUGUAUAUAUGUGUAAUUAAAUGAAAUUAUGUUUCCCCUAGACCUUAAAAUCGGAAAAGUUAUUUUGGACACUCAGAAGAUAUUCUAACUGGGGGAUUAGAUUAAUGGUAUAGAUUGCCAUUUCCAUAGGGAACGGUGUCAGCUGGGAAACAUAUUUAAAGGUUGAGAGUUUUUCAACCAUUAGAGAUUGGAUCUUUAAUAAAAAUGGAUUCCCAACACAGAAAUGAGCGAGCACUUUGCUCUUCCUCCCAUUUCAAGGAAUGACAGUUUUAUUGCACCAAGGUCAAGACGAGGGAGUAGACGUUCAUCCAGACGACACAAAGAAGAACCUAAGCUAGGACCUAGAGUACAAGAGUUCGUGAGCGAAGACGUCUAUCUAAUGGAUAACAAACAUAGAAAGAUUAACACUAAUCUGUUGGCCAACAGCUUAACAGCACGUCUGCGGAAAAAUCUUCCAGACGGCGUUGUUGAAAAUGAAGCCAUUCAAAAAAUCAGACGCGAUUCUUUAAAAGAUUUUGUGCAUUUGGAUAACUUAGAGAAACAGUACACAAAUGAACUUAAUCGUGAGUCUAGCAGACUUGACCAAGAAUCGCAUCAAUUAUUGAAGCGUCAGAAACAGAUGCAGAAACAAAGUGAAGUUCAGAAACGAAAACAAGACAGACUAGAAUCGUCAAUAAGGUCUCGAUCAGGAUUGAGCUCGGCUUCUUUGUUUCCACUUCUUAGGAAUAAUAGAGCUAGCAGUUUUGAACAAGAGAAUGACACCUUUCCGGAAUUUGCAUCUGUGGAUAAAGACGACCAGUCUCAUGUGAAGGUUUUCAAACUAAAUGGAAUUUAUCAACCAACAAAUAAAUACUCAAGUCGUAUUGAACCUUUACAAUUGUCGCCACGAGAUAAAGAUAAAGAAAACAAUAUACAAGAGUCGUUGAAAAUGGCGGACAGGGGAAGUCCGUCAGAUCUACCGUCAAAAUCUAGAAUGAGCAAAAAAGGUCUGCGAGUGUCUUGGAGCAGGCAAAGUAGAUAUUACCCGGAUGGUACAAGUGAAGUAGACAAUAUAAGAUCACCAUCCGUUACUGAGACACGAGCAGACACGCGCAUAUCGCAUCAUGACACGCGUUCUGAUGUCAAUAGUCCAGAUCGUGAAAACGCUAAUAAGACGCCCACAAAAAGAACAUUUAACAGUCGAUUAAGCUUUCGAAGCGAUACGUUUUUUCUUCAAAAUAAACAGAGAUCGAAAGGACGUCGAAAAAUCGAAACAAUUGGUUUAAAGUGGAAAAUACCACCUGGUGUUGAAGCGCACCCUAUCUUUGAAGCGACACCACCUCGUCCAGCACUGAAGGCCAUGACGAAUGGUCUGUCUCACAACUUGAUGCCAGUAACAACGGCAAUGGCAAAAGAAGGAAUGUCAACAAAGAAGACGUGUUGGCAAGUACAGAAAGUUCAAUCACUGUCAACUGUAGAGAUGUAUAAAGCCUGGCUCGAAAAGUUAGAAAUGUUAAAAACAAAUGAAUCGCGAGACAGAACACGAAAUAUACACAGUAGGGCAACUGUUAUGACACAGCCAGUGUGAUAGAAAUUCUCCAUUUUUUGCGGCUGUUUUUUAAUGAAGUGGAAAUGUUCAUUUACAAGUUAAUAGGUUUUCUAAAACAUUCUACGAGACAGUCCGUGUUACUGAUAGUAAAGUUUAAGAGUUAUAAAAGGAUAAGAAAGGGUUCAAGUACAAGUUUGACGGUUCCGAGGGUUAUCUAAGAUUGAUACUUUGUGCAAUCAGUAUUCUUAAUAUCACACCGACUCUACAAUCUAGAAGUCAUCAUGCCACGGAAAACCAUUGAUGUUAAACAUUAUGGGCAUAAUUUACAACACGAUUUUGUUUUGUAGUCUAAACAUAACUAGACGUUGUUGAAUAUAUGUUCGAGUGCUAACUUUUCUCUGUGUUUAGUUGAUUAUCACUCAAUUUGAGAUAAAUUAUUAUAUUAGUACGAGACAAAAACGUUUAUCGGAAGCAUUUCUUUCUAACUUGUUUAGUGCGAUUUUAUUAUAUGUAUAAAGUAUAAUGUUAUAAAUAGUGGUUUUGGUGUAUGUACAUUGAGUAUCAAAAAUGUUGCAAUACGUGAAAUUACAGUGCUGAUAACUGUA